GUGAACAUUUUUUUAUUGCAGGAAGAUGUGAACCAUUCUUGUACCAGCGUAAUUGGAAAACUUCCACGUCCACCCAGUCAAAAUGCCGUUGGAACUUUGGAAGGAAUUCGAUCUGGAAGAACUUCACCAGGACUCGUUAGGGCUCAAAGCCUUGGUUCUAAAGCUGCUCAGUCUUUCGCGUCCGCCGUCGAUCCUUCACUAACCAUAAGUCGAACCCCAGAAUCUCUAGUCAUUGGUAGAGCAUCGAGCCCAUGCCUCCCCUCUAUUGGAAGUCAAACUUUUGAUGUCGACUCAAAAAAGACAUCCAAUGGCUUCAACAGACUUCCAACUAAGGUAACGGAUUACGCUGAUGUAGCAGCUGCUUUGGCUGGCCUAAAUCUCUCCGGCAAAAUAGGAAAUAGAGAUAAUGUUGUACAAAACAAAUUUCUGCAUGGUUCUGAUCUGUAUAAUACUUCUUCAAUCCCUGGACUUGCAUGCAAUGAGUUCUCCAAGAACUCCGGCUUUCUUAAAGAUGAUAUAGCUGCAAUGGGCUCAAAUGAACAAAUUAACAUGCAGCAAUGUUUACCAUCUAGCAAUUUAUCGAAGAAAAUGGCUCCUGCGAGGAAAUCCAGUUUUACAGGAUCUAGUGGUCGUUAUCAACCGGAUUCUUUAAAUGCUAAUCUCACUGAAAGCAAUCCAAAUGCUUACCUUCUCAAUCAUGGCGUCCCAUCGAUCCUGAAUAAUCAUCUUGAUGCAGGAACCCAAGAAGGAUCAGGCUACCACCCUGUAUCUGUUGUAGAUCCAUUAUAUGUACAAUACUUACAGGGAGCUUCUGGCUCCACCUCUCCAUAUUCUGGAAACCUAAAUGACCCUACUCUAGGAGGAAAUCUUCUAAGUUCUUCACUUACAGAGUUAACUCCGUAUCAAAAAGUAUAUCUUGAAGCACUGCUUGUACAACAGAAAUUACAGUAUGGCGGAUCCUUAAGCAAAGAUGGCACCUUGGGCAAUGGCUUCUAUGGAGCUUCUGGUUUAGGUUUAGGCAUGCAGUAUCCAACAGCUGCUUUAUCUGCUGGUCUUCUUUCUUCUUUGGGCGCCGGAAGUUCAAGGCCUAAUGAUCGACUAUCGAGGUUACCGCCCAUGGUGCGAAGUUCGGUAGGGGUACCGAAGGGAUUAUGGAACUACGAAAAUGGUAUUAUGGAGGAAAGUUUUCCAUCGUCAUUACUGGAAGAGUUCAAGAACAAUAAGACUAGUUCAUUUGAACUCUCAGAUAUUGUGAAUCAUGUAUUUGAAUUCAGUACGGAUCAGUACGGUAGCCGUUUUAUACAACAAAAAUUAGAAACAGCCUCCAUUGAAGAAAAAAAUAAAAUUUUUCCGGAGAUCUUCUUGCAUGCUCGUGCUUUAAUGAUUGAUGUUUUUGGUAAUUAUGUAAUACAAAAGUUCUUUGAACAUGGGACAGGGAACCAGAGAAGUCAGCUUGCCAGUCAAAUUUUUGGACACGUUUUGGCGCUCAGUCUUCAAAUGUAUGGGUGCAGAGUCAUUCAGAAGGCUUUGGAAGUCGUCGACACAGAACAACAAACGCAAAUUGUAUCUGAGCUGGACGGUUCGGUUAUGAAAUGCGUUCGAGAUCAAAAUGGCAACCAUGUUAUUCAGAAGUGCAUCGAAUGUGUUCCUCAAGAAAGGAUUCAGUUUAUUAUUUCUGCAUUUUAUGGACAAGUUGUGGCACUCUCUACCCAUCCCUAUGGCUGCAGAGUUAUACAGAGAGUUCUGGAGCACUGUAAUGAUGCACAGACAGAAAGCAUUAUGAUGGAUGAGAUCCUGCAAUCUGUUUGUACCUUGGCGGAAGAUCAAUAUGGAAAUUAUGUGGUUCAAGUGGAGGGCUCAGUGGAUGAAAAAUCAACUAACUCAGCUGAAGAGUAUGAUGACUUGGCCAUGCUCGAUGGCUUAGAGGACGGCUAUUCCUCUUCAGAUAAUGAGCCACCAGAGGCUAAUUGCAAGAGACUAACAAAUGGGAGGCUUACCGAAAUUAAUUCAGUUAAGAAAAUAGAGCUCUUGGAGCUGAGACAGAAAUACCAACAGAGCCUGGAUUUGUUCUUCCAGAAUAAUGAAACUUUGAACCAGGCAUGGAAUUCUCACUUUAAUUCUGUGAAAGUACCAUUUGCUUAG